UUCACUUUCUAUAUUAAUAAUAAAUGGACUUUAAAAAUAUAAUAUGAAUUUAAAACAGUUGAUAAUUGUAAUUCAGAUUAUUUUAUUAAGAAAUCGUAUUCAUUGUUAUGCAGAAAACCAUAAAUUUACAUCGCAAGGUGUUAACAAAAGUAAUCAAUCAAACAAGGGAAAUAUUUUAAAUGAUUUCCAAACUCAAAACAAUAUUUUAACCAGCUCAAAUGUUUCCAGUAUUUACCGGAAUGCCAAAAAUUCAAAUCAACAAUAUCAAUCCACAGCUGAAAGUAUUGCCGAUUUAUAUUUCUUCUCUUCACACGAUGUAAUGGGAAUUUUUAAUUGCUCCUACGAGAAUACAAUCAACAUCACUAAUAAUACACUUUUAGCAAAUGGUUCCUAUAUUUACGAUAAUCAAACACUAGUACCACCCCAACUAGUGGGCAGUUAUGAUUAUGAAAUUUUAUAUAAUGGCAGUAGACGUAAGGUGCCACUACAUAAGCGUGCCUGUAUCUGCCACCUGAAGCCAUGCAUCUCCUUGUGUUCUAAUGACAUCUCGGAAACCUAUCAAUAUGUUAUAAAUAAUGCUAUGUAUGAUGCCUUGGAUAUAUUUUCUAUUAAUGUAAAUCUUAAUAAUGGACUUGUUGCUACCAAAAAUAUUGUCAAAGAUUUUGCACCUAUUGAGUGGCAAGAGUUUUGUGCAGUGCUUUAUAUGCUUACACCAGAAAUCAAUGUUGGUUCUGACUGGACUUUGUUUGAGAAUGGAUCUCUAUUGCUGGAAAGUGAUGGAACGCUAAAGAAAAGGAACGAAUAUUGCUUUGAUUUACAAAGGAUAACCAUUGAAGGGAAUUCGUAUGAUUUAAUAAAUCCCAAGAUCUGUGCUAAAACUAAAAUAGGUUUGACUUAUUUGGAGUUGUUCAAUUAUUGGAUACAAGUGCUUUCGAUAAUAUUUUUACUUUUCACCAUGAUCGUCUAUUGCUGUCUGCCCGAACUCUUAAAUGUGCAUGGUAAAUGUUUGAUGUCUUAUGUGGCCAGUUUAGCGUUGUCCUUUGCUAUUUUUAGUUUCUUAUAUCUCUCACAAAGUAGCUUUGAUCUUCUGCCCUGCUUAAUAAUGGCGUAUUUAAAUUAUUACUUGCAAUUAUCCUAUUACACUUGGUUGGGUAUUAUUUGCUAUGAUAUCUGGCGAUCGUUUAGUGAUUUCAAUUACAAAUCUUCAUAUGGUUAUUAUUCGAAGUUUGGUUAUCCUUUGCCGUUUUUGAUGACAUUUCUGACAUUUUGUGCGCAAAAUCUAAUCACAAACGAGGACUUAAAACCAGGUAUCAGUGCAGACAGAUGUGGUUUAGAUGUUUUUAAAUGGUCUGGUGCUAUAUAUUUAUAUGGACCCUGUUUAAUUAUUUUGCUGUGUUGCUUAACAUUCUUUAUUUUAACCUCAAAAAUAAUAAAAACAAAUGAUAGAGAAAUUAAAGAAAUUUAUGCCAAGGAUUCGCCAGAAAGUCGUUACUCUCUAAUUCUCCGUUUAUUUGUGAUGAUGGGCAUAUCUUGGUUCUUAGAUAUUAUAUCGUAUGUACUUUAUAUGUUUGGAUUGACGACUGUAUCUGGAAUAAUUGAUUAUAUUAAUUCGCUGCAGGGAGUUUAUAUAUUUAUAAAUUUCAUUGGACGUCCUAAAACUCAUUAUAUGCUUAAAAAAAGGUAUUACGAAUGGAAGACCAGGAAGGGUUUUUAAAAACAGACUAUAUUUUCAAAUAUCACAUCAUAUGCGUCAAAGGUCAGCCAGCAACAACGGAUCAUUUGAACUUUUCUGCUGAACAUUUUUUUAUAAGUAGUAAACUAAUUUUCAAUUCGUAAAUUUUAAUAAGAUUAUGUUUGUAAAAUUUAAUCAAAA